CGUUCGGCGUCUCUUAUUGCUUGGGCCACCGCGGCAGCUCCUUCUGCCAAGCUUCCAGCCGUCGGCCGCGCGGCGCGCCGUCCGCCCGCGCAAUACCGGCCUAGGGCCGCCCGGCACGGGCUCAGGGCGCGCCAUGCGUCCGCCCAGCCACCUGCGGGUCCGCUGGCUCUACUUGCUGGUCGGCGCCCUCGCCUGCGCCCUCCGCCCCGCGAGCGGCUGGGUGUCCAGGCCGCACUGGGAGUUGUGCGACUUCAUUCAGAUGAUGGAGGCAGAGCACCAGCAGUGCCUGGAGGAGGCCGAGGCGGAGAAUGACACAGCAGGCUGCAGCAAGAUGUGGGACAACAUCACCUGCUGGCCGGCCACCCCUCGGGGCCAGGUGGCCGUCUUGGCCUGCCCCUUCAGCUAUGACUCCCCCCUUCAAGGCCGCAACGUGAGCCGCAGCUGCACCGACGAGGGCUGGGCACACCUGGAGCCCGGCCCCUACGACGUGGUCUGUGCCUUGGACGACAAGGAGUGGAGUUUGGACGAGCAGCAGCUGUUCUACAGCUCCAUAAAGACCGGCUACACCAUCGGCCACAGCCUGUCCCUCGCCACCCUGCUCAUCGCCACCGCCAUCUUGAGCCUGUUCAGGAAGCUCCACUGCACGCGGAACUACAUCCACCUGCACCUCUUCCUGUCCUUCAUCCUGAGGGCCGUCUCCGUCCUCGUCAAGGACCUGACCCUCUUCGACAGCGGCCACUCGGACAGCUGCCCUGUGGCCCCGGUGAGGACCUGCCAGGUGGGCUGUAAGGCGGUCGUGGUCUUGUUCCAGUACUGUGUCAUGGCCAACUACUUCUGGCUGCUGGUAGAGGGCCUCUACCUGUACACCCUGCUCGCAGUCUCCUUCUUCUCCGAGCGGAAGUACUUCUGGGGGUACAUACUCAUCGGCUGGGGGGUGCCCAGCAUAUUCAUCAUGGCGUGGACCAUCACCAAGAUCCAUUUUGAGGAUUAUGGAUGCUGGGACACCAUCGACUCCUCGCUGCUGUGGUGGAUCCUAAAGGCACCCAUCCUCACAUCCAUCUUGGUGAACUUCAUCAUGUUUGUUCUCAUCAUCCGAAUCCUGGUGCAGAAACUGCAGCCCCCAGACGUGAGGAAGAGUGAAAAAAGCCCCUACUCGAGGCUGGCCAAGUCCACCCUCCUGCUGAUCCCCCUGUUCGGAGUGCACUACACCAUGUUCGCCUUCUUCCCCGACAACUUCAAGUCGGAAGUGAAACUGGUCUUCGAGCUCGUCGUGGGGUCUUUCCAGGGUUUCGUGGUGGCUGUCCUCUACUGCUUCCUCAAUGGUGAGCAGACUGGCGUCCCCUGGGAGUCCGAGAAGUGCCCGUUCAGUGGCUGCUGUGUGCAGAGGGAGUGGGGACCAAUGGGGCCACCCAGUGAAGGCCGAGUGCCCGCGCAGCCCUGGUUACAAAGCCCAGAAGCCCGCUUGGAUGAGCUCAGUGCAGGCAGAGCUUCGGCGGAAGUGGCGGCGCUGGAACUUACAGGGCAUCUUGGGCUGGGGCCCCAAAUACCAGUACCCCCCAGGAGGCGGCAGCGGGGCCACGUGCAGCACCCAAGUCUCCUUGCUGACCCGCGUCAGCCCCAGCGCGCGCCGCUGCUCCAGCUUCCAGGCGGAGGACUCCCUAGUCUGACUGCCAGGCUCCCGGGGGCCCAGGGAGGCCCCGCCCGCCCGCACCUACCCACCCGGGGCGGCACCCUGGGGACAGAGGCCUACCGGGGCAAAGCCAGUCCCAGCCCUGGGCUCAGAGGCUGCCCUGGCUCCCAGGUCACUGUCCAGAAGCCCCUGGAGAAUGCUGCUCUUGCGCCUGCGUCGGGAGACUACGGUGCUUAGACCUGGAGCCACUAAGUGAGCAAGAGCCCUGAGAGACGUGGGGUGGAGCGCAGCCAUCAGACUCCUCCCACAAAAGCCCUCUCUGCCAAUCAACGGCAAGAAAUUUGCAUACUCUUAAGGAACUCCACCCCCUCUCAUGACCUAUUGAGGAAGGCAACCACCCACCCCCAAAUAAUACGAUUGACGAAGGUCUGGCCCUGGAAACGUGUCGCAGCACCACCACCUCAGCAGUGCCCCGAGUCCCAACCUUGCUGUCAAGUCCCUUCGGGUUGAGCAUUGCCGUUGGGGCAUCUCUCUGAAGACACGGUCCCCUCCGCAGUGUCUUCCUAGCUGCCCACCGCUCCGGCUCCUGCUGCUGCCUGAGGCCAAUGCUUGUGAAAAGGAGUUCUAGUUUGGGGAGCACAGCUCCCUUCAGAGUCCCUACUGAAGUGGAGUGGUCCCAGGAAGUUUGGAACAAUUCGAGGAGACUGCCACCAAAGCCACCCAUGCGCUUGGCUUCCCACCCAUGGUGCCCACUGUGGGAGCUAGGCUCAGAGAUGCGCACUCGCAGGCCCUGCGGUGCCCCGCCAGCCCAGCAGGGCGGGAACUGCUACCCCUCCUCCACAGAUCAGGAACCGGAGUCUCCCAGAGAGCAGUACCUGGUCUUGUCUCACAGCAGGAUUCGCACUCAACCCUGGCUGAUGGGCAAGUGAGCACACAGACUUUUUACUGCUGUUUUUAUAUCUUGUAACACGCUGGGUCCUCUUGGUUAUUUGUAUCACCGCUGGUUGUCACUACCCCUGGCCCUGCAGCCCCAUUCCCACCGACCCUCCCUGCAGUGUGGCCGGGGAGUCCUGUGGGCCAUGCACCAUACAGCCAAGCACCUGGGGGUCACGGCACCGUGUGUCUGCCCUGCACCCUGAGGUCAAGGCUUCCUGCCCACAGCCCAGCCAGAAGACCCAUGCUUGCACAGCAAUAAACAUUGUGUCGGAUUGGC